UUUCUGUAGUCAUUGAACGUCCGGUGUAGUUUCACUUCACAUCGGCGCCAGCAUGGCUGAUGAAACGGAGAAGGCGCAGACUGCCCAGCCGGGUGGAGACACAAUAUUUGGGAAAAUCGUACGCAAAGAGAUUCCUGUGAACUUACUUCAUGAGGAUGACCUGUGUGUAGCCUUCCCUGAUAUUUCUCCUCAAGCCCCCACUCACAUCCUGGUCGUCCCAAAAAAGCCAAUUGUUCAGCUCUCCCAAGCAGAGGAGAGUGAUGCUUUGUUGGGCCACUUGAUGAUCGUCGCAAAAAAAUGUGCUAAAGAGGCGGGCCUGACUAAAGGCUACAGGAUCGUCAUUAACGAUGGGCCAGAUGGAGGCCAGUCUGUCUACCACAUCCACAUCCACGUCCUGGGUGGACGCAGGAUGGUGUGGCCCCCUGGCUAACCCUCCACCUCCCACUGGCACAGACCGUCCUGCCAUCAGUGUCCACAUCUGUUGUCUGACAACCACUACUAUCAAA